CCCAGGAACAUCCAAAUUCCAUGAAACUUUCAGGAUAUAUUGGGGUUGGAAAGAAAAGACUACCAUAACAUUUUCGGCCCGAAACCUUUUGAUUUUAGGGAGAUAUGAACCGAACAAGGGUCAAAAAUGACUGAUUUGGCAUCCCAAAUUUUUCGGUCUUGGUUCCUUCAAUAUAUUAAUAUUUUUUUUUCUUGGAAAGAGCAUCUUAAGAUGCAGGGCAGGAUGGGGCCGUUUUUUUGAAAUAGUCCAUUUUUAAGCGCAAAAAAGAGAUCAUAAGUUCAAUUACUGAAAAAAGUGUCAAAAAAUGGUAACCAAAUCAUAUAACUGGCUGUAUAUUAACCAAAAAAAGGUUUAAUUAAAAAAAAUGGCCCCAUCGUGCCCUGCGCCUUGAGAUGCUCUUUCAAACAAAAAAAAAAUAUUAAUACAUUGAAUGAACCGAGAAGGAGAAAUUUGGGAUGCGCUUUUGAGAAAGUGGAAACUGAGAAAAAACGAAAAAGAUUUUGGCGAAAAUUUUUUUGAUAUUUUAUCGUUUUUAGCAAUUUUUAGCGUCUAUUUGAAGAAAUUGACUAACAGUUGUCUAUAUAAUUUUGAAUUUUGUAUAACCAGAACCUUUUAUGACAUGUUGAACAUCUGUAAAAUAUUAUGUUACUUAUAUCGACAGGGACAUGGUCGACUUGAUCGAAAAAAUACUGGUAACAUUAACUAUACAUUGUCUCAUUCUUUUUUGUUUACUGAAAAGGAUACUUAUUACAAAUAUAUUGUAUCACUAUAUACUAAAACCAGCAUUUAUGAUGUAUAAUUGUUAUCAGAGAGAAAGAAAGAAAAGACAAAAAUAGUCUAACAAAUGACUAAUUCUUAUGAAAUGUAUCGAUCAUACUAGAACACAUCGUUUGCGAUGCCUUUUCUUUGUUUUGCUUUCCUUCGCUCUUGAAAUUUAUUUUUUCGUGUUCUCUAAUUUCCAGUCAUGUUCUAAACAUACAAGAACGUGUGCCACGUUUGUUUGUCUUUUUUAUCAGUAUAUGAUGAUAUUAGUGUGUUCAAAAAGUAAAUAAACGAGGUCAGAUUUUGAUUUCAUAAAUAUUUUUUUAGAUUUAUAUUUGACUUAUUAUCACAGCUGUUUUUUCAAGAAUUGUUGAUUGAAACGUCAUGUCCAAUAGAAAAAGCGUAAAACGGUAUGUGAUAUCAAACAAAUUUUUAUUCUACUCUCUAUCUGAAAUCAUUGAAUAUUGUAACUAAUGCUAUAAGGAAAAAAUUUUUAUUUGAUAAUUAUUCUUAUUAUAAUAAAAAAAUUUUAAUAUUAGACGCAGUAGACGAAGAACAUCGAUUCGUAAAGUUCAAAAUAAACGAAUGGAAGCAUCAUCUUUACAAUCGAAAAACAUAUCAACAACACAAACUACAACGUCAAAUCUAACUACAUCUUCAACACGUUCGUCUUUACCAUCACAACAGAAGAUUAAAAACAAAACGAAGUUGGAUAUAACAUCAACAUCAUCAAAGUCAUAUUCGAAAGUACCAUUGGAUAGAUACUCAAUAAUACAAAAUCAAGUGUUAUUGUCUCUUAUUUUCAAGACAAAUUGUGAAGCUUGUAGAAAUCGUUGGAGUGGAAAUAUGAACAUCAACAAGCGCGAAGGUUUAUUCCUGAUAUUAUCUUUUCAAUGUUCAAUAUGUCAAAACAUAAUCACCAUUGAAACAAGUCCGAAGAUUGUUGCAUCAGAUCGCCGAGACAUCAACGUAAGAUCAAAAAUAAGUGGUCAUUUGUGUGGUAUCAGACAUGCUGGAUUAGUGAAGUUGAUGGGUGCUCUGAAUUUACCGAGUCCCAUUCAAGAUGAAAGAUAUUCCAAAUGGAAUAGAAAUUUACUAAUUGUAGUAAAAUCAUUCACCGGAAGAUCAAUGAAGAAAGCAGUAGAGGAAACUGUAGCUGCUGAAAAUGGUACAGAAUUAAUGGUUAGUGGAGAUGGAUUCUGGCAGACUCGAGGUUUCCAAAGCAGACAUGGUGCGGCUGCUCUUUUAUCUUGUAACCCAACACCAAAAGUACUGGAUAUAGAAACAUGCAGUGCACUGUCUAUUAAAACAUCCAAUCCUGCUAAAUAUGAAAAUAUUAUUAGAACGCAUCGAUGUGAAAAAAAUUAUGAAAAAAGUUCUGGUACAAUGGAAUCUGCUGCUAUUCUUACUAUGUUCAAACGAUCAGUUUCAAAAUAUGGAGUUUACUAUACUAAGUACGUUGGUGAUGGUGAUUCAAAAACCUUCCCAGUGCUUUCAAAAAUCGUACAUUAUCCAGGAAAAGAAAUUAAAAAAAUCGAAGACUUGAAUCAUUUUAGCAAAAGAAUGAAACGAGGAUUAGAAACAAUAAAACGUGAACACGGACGAAAAAAACUAUCUGAUGGUAAAACAAUUGGUGGUAAAAAUCGUCUAUCUGGAGAUAUUUUCAAUGUCAUGUGUGGUUAUCGUGGUUAUUAUACUGAUCAAGCAAUGGUACGUUUUGAUAACAAUCGACUGCAUACGGAGUCAAAAGAAAACAACAGAAAAAGAAGAAAAGAAGCUGGCCAUGUUUUGAUUCAAAAUGACGAUGAAGAAGAGGACAAUGAUGCAGUAAUCGAUGGUGCUGAUCAAAUAGAUGAUGAUUAUAAUGAUACAAAUACUGUGACUGGAGCAGCACCUGAGAAUAAUGACACAACAACUGAUAGUGACGAACAUGUCACUGAUGAUAAUGACACAAUAUCAAGUAAUGAUGAGUCAUUAGAUGAUGAUUAUGGUUAUUAUAAUUCCAAAGAUAAAAGAACAUGGAUAGAAGAACAAUAA